UCUCUCUCUCUCUCUCUCUCUUUCUCUAACCCUUAAUUCUGCAAUCCCGCGAAUCUCUCUUAGGGCUUCGUCUAUAUCGCAGAUCGGAGUUUUCUUCUUUAUUUCCAUCGCCGACCGUAUAAUUCGAUAGAAAAGUUAAGAUGUCUGCUACUCCGGAAGAAGACAAGAAGCCCGACCAAGGAGCUCACAUCAAUCUCAAAGUCAAGGGACAGGAUGGUAAUGAAGUCUUCUUUAGGAUCAAGAGAAGCACUCAGCUCAAAAAGCUGAUGAACGCUUACUGUGAUCGUCAGUCUGUGGAAUUCAACUCAAUUGCUUUCUUGUUUGAUGGGCGUCGUCUUCGUGCUGAACAGACUCCAGAUGAGCUUGAGAUGGAAGAUGGAGAUGAGAUUGAUGCAAUGCUUCAUCAGACCGGUGGUGGUGCAAACGGCCUGAAUCGAUUCUGCUUUUAUUAGUGGUGGUCUUUUUAUGUUUACCGAUAAAGAUUGUGUGAUAUUAAUGGUUUUCAUGGAUCGGCCUUUAGAUUAAAUUUGGCAGGCUUUGUUUCCUUUGACCAGUUUCUUCUUUACUUGGCAAAGCCUAUGUGAAUCAUCAAGUUAUUGGAUCCUAAAAUAUUAAUGGGCUUGUUUAUGGAUUUUUUGGA